AUGUGCAGACUGGCCCCUGCAGGAGGCCCCCAGGAGCCUGCACUGUGCCUCAGGGAGCGGAGGAUCCAGGCUGGUCCCAGAUUUAGGGACGCACCAGCCAGGUCUGCCACCAGGGGGCAGCAGAGACAGCACUGGGAUAAUGCACUACACACAGACUCCAGGCGGCUGCUCAGCCAGGACGGGGCAUUUCCGACCUCCUGUGGCCAAGAAGCCGACCAUCGCUGUGAAGCCCACAAUGAUGCUCCCGUCCUCCCCAACCUCCUCAACCUCCCCAACCUCCCCAACCUCCUCAACCUCCUCAACCUCCCCAACCACCCCAACCUCCCCAACCACCCCAACCUCCCCAACCACCCCAACAUCUCUAUCAUCUACAACAUCUACAACAUCUCCAUCGCCAGGACUCGAUUCAGCUCUUCUAUCACCCACCAACACCCAAAUCGAACCAGGCAAAACUUCCGCUUUUACAGUUUGGAACCACAAUGGACUCAACCAAAAAAAGCCAAACAAUACUAA